AGGUCGCGGGAGGCGGUAAGCUCGCGUCGGGCACACCACGGCACACGAACAGCCGGCAGGGAGACGACGAGGCUACGCCAGCGACACCAGCUUUGCUCCAAAGUUCAUCUAAAGGAAGCUGUGAUAAAAACAGCAAGAUGACGGACGCUGGCACCUUCGCAUCCACGAACUUCAGCAGUACACGCUACCGUCGCCUUCCCGCGGUGUGAGAGCGCAUGGGCCGCACUAUUUGAGCCGAACCGGCCAGCUGUUUCCUUUACACCUCAUUCCAUAGCUUCGCACGCUGACAACGGACAUCAACAAACAAAGUCAAUCAGACUCUCGGCGGAAUAAGUUCCACCGCUCGGACACCAAACCCAAACCUCCUCUGAUCAAGCCAACUAAGAGCAAUCUAUUUCAGCGGUAUCUUGGUGCAAACAUAGCCGCCAUGAAGUGUCAGCUGGCACUUGCCCUGAUUCUGGGGCUCGCGUGCGGAGCUCUCGCCGCAGACAUUCCGCCACGCAUUGAUGGCAACGCGGGAGCUGGGCUGAACGUGACGUUCGGCGACUUCAUGAAUGGAACUAUUGCGAAUAUGCUAAACGGGACACUGGGCAUGCUAAACGCGACGAUGAACAAUAUGCUCGGCAACGCCACAGCGACUGCGUGCAAGCAGGCAGGCCUGGAUUCCACCUGCACCCUUGCCGACAUCGCGUGCAAGCAAGCUGGCAUUGACAAUAAGGACAAGUGCGCCGCCGCCCUGAACGGCAACGCUGGCAUGACGGUUCGGGCCCCUCGUGGCGACGACGACCGGCCGCGUCAGUGGGGUGUUCCCAACUCUCGCGGCGAGACCGAGUUCGAUGACCGCAAGUCGCCCCGGAAGGUCGCACUGCUGGGCCGGUCCGCGAUUGUGCGCAUCUAUCCCAACUACAGCGACCCCUCCGUCUACCUCACCCUGAAGUUCGGCAAGGUGGUUGAGCUGGACGCCCAAGGCCGCCCCGUCCGCGGCCACUACAUCAACUCGCUGGCGGACGCCUCGAGCGCUGUCACCAUCUCCACCGGCAACCUCACCAUCGGCAACGUGACCUCCAGCUUCGCCAACGUGUCGGUGCAGCCUGCCCUGGUGUCCAACUUCCGCUCCGCCUGCCCCAACACCCCCUCGCCGUCCCCCUCGCCCAGGCCCUCUCCCUCUCCUUCUCCAUCCCCCAGCCCCAGCCCCAGCCCCACCAGCGGCUCGGGCAGCGUGUCUGUCUCCGCCUCCACCACCGUGUCUGCAGGCGGCCGCCGCAUGCUGCAGCAGGCCGCCCCUGCCCCCACCCUUGACGUGAGCCUGCUGUUCGGCAUGGACGGCGCUCUGAGCCUGCCGUACGGCGACGCCAAGUUGUCCAUCCCGGCCAACGGCCUCAAGUUCUCGGUGCUGGUGCGCAACUGGCCCUUCUGCAACGUCAACAACACCCUGCGCGUGUCGCUGCAGCUGAUGCUCGCCAACAACGCAUCCGCCACCACCCAGCCCGUUGACUCGACCGCCAGCCCCUCUGUGGCCUCCAACCUCAAGAUCCAGCUGGGCACCAACUACACCUCCUACCUGUCCUUCCUCAACUACGCCCUGGACGGCACCAGCGGCACCACCCAGAUGCCCGUGUCCGUCACCGUGCUCGCCGCCAACGCCACCGCCUCCGCUUCCAUGGUCAUGACUAACGCCACGGUCAUGACUAACGCCACCGCCAACGGCACCAUGAGCGCCAGCGCCAGCGCGACCGUGACGGCCUCGGGCGGUGGUUCGGACGACGACCAGGAGGACAUGGAGGACCGCAGCGCGACGCAGGUGAUCAUGCUGCUGCCCAACCCCGCCAAGUACAACGCCUCGGCGAUCUACUACGACCCCACCCAGACCACCACCUCGGCCUACCUCAGCUCCACCGACCCCUCCAACACCGCCAGCCUGACCGUGACCGCCACCACCGGGGCCGGCGGCGGCAGCGGCGGCGCCGCCUCGGGCGUGCGCAUGUCGGCAAUGGCCCUGGUGGCCGCCUUCGCGCUGAGCUUUUUGAUGCUGUAAGAGCGCUUGAUGUUUUGUCUUUUAAUGCGAAAACGAAUGAGGAUCCCGGACUUGCCGUGCAUCGGUCUUUUUGUACGGCUGUGUUUGACUGAACUUCUGGACCAGUACGGUUUGCUGGUGCGCGCGUGACCUGACCAUGACACUCGUGACAUUCACACCUGAGGGAGCAGGGUGAGCUGCUGUGCUAAUGGCUGUCAGGAUGAUGAGGGAUUGGGGGAUAUCUUCCUCUAACAUGUAUAUAUUCAUUGUGAAGAGCACAAAUCGUUCAGGUCGUGUGUGGCGCAUGCAGUUGCCAUUGAUUCAUCCACCUAGCUUUCCUCGGACGU